UUACAUUUUAACAUAGGACCCCUUAUUUGAUAGCAGCUUCACAAGUCUUGCAUUCAUUGAACUUGUGAGUUUUUGGACAGUUUCUGCUUGAAUUUAUUUGCAAGAUGUCAGAAUAGCCUCCCAGAGCUGCUGUUUGAAUGUAAACUGCCUCCCACUCUCAUAGAUCUUUUGCUUGAGUAUGCUCCAAAGGUUCUCAAUAGGAUUGAGGUCAGGGGAGGAUGGAGGCCACACCAUGACUUUCUCUCCUUUUAUCCCCAUAGCAGCCAUUGAUGCAGAGGUAUUAUUUGCAGCAUGAGAUGGUGCAUUGUCAUGCAUGAAGAUGAUUUUAUUACGGAAAGCAUAGUUCUUCCUUCUGUACCAGGGAAGAAAGUGGUCAGUCAUAAACUCCACAUACUUUGCAGAGGUCAUCUUUACACCUUUGGGGCCCCUAAAGGGGCUUACCAGCUCUGUUCCCAUGAUUCCGGCCCACAACAUGACUCCACCACCGCCUUGCUGACGUCGCAGCCUUGUUGGAACAGGGUGGCCGUCCACCAACCAUCCACUACUCCAUCCAUCUGGACCAUCCAGGGUUGCACGGCACUCAUCAGUGAACAGGACUGUUUGAAAAUUAGUCUUCAUGUAUUUUUCUGCCCAAUGCAGCCGUUUCUGCUUUUGAGCAUUGGUUAUUGGUGGCCGAAUAGAAGGUUUAUGCACAGUUGCAAGACUCUGGAGGACUCUACAUCUUGAUGUCCGUGGGACUCCAGAGGCACCAGCAGCUUCAAAUAUCUGUUUGCUGCUAUGUAAUGGUAUUUUAGCAGCUGCUCUCUUGAUCCGAUGCAUGGAUCUGACAGAAAUCUUCCUCAAUGUGCCUUUAUCUGCACGAACCCAUCUGUGCUCUGAAUCAGCCGAAAAUCUCUUAAUAGUGCGAUGAUCACGCUUAAGUUUUCGUGAAAUAUCUAAUGUUUUCAUGCCUCGUCCAAGGCAUUGAACUAUUUCACUCUUUUCGGCAGCAGAGAGAUCCUUUUUCUUCCCCAU